AUGGAAAUCGACGCCUCGAGGCACCAGCCCUCCGUGCCGGGCUUCGCUCCAGACGAAGCUACCACGUCCGCCGACCCAGGAACGACAGCGUCCGCGAUGGCACAGAACCAGAAUAAUGCGGCGGCUCAGGCAGCUGCACAAGCAGCCGCGCAGGCACAUCUCAGCUUUAGAAGACAUGUCAUGCUAGAAAGCAAGACCGAGGCACAUUGGCCCGAAACCCCUCUUCUCCCCGUCCCGUAUUGCAUCUUCCUUCGCUCCACUACCUCCCGUCUCCUGAUUCAGGCCACUACCCAGAAGGGAGAUCUUCCCGGCAUAGGGCGCUUUCUCAUCAUCCUUUUUCCCCAGGUCCGCUGCGAUGCCGCUAGUCUGGGCGUGCCUUGCACAAACUGUGUCGCAUUCAACAUUGAGUGCCGUAUCCCCACUCCCAAACGCAAGAAGGUCGUCUCACAGUCAACGGCCUCGGCGACGGGAACUGCAGGCUCGACAUCAAAAGACUCCGACAGUGAUCGUGGGGAUGGUUCCGACGACAAAUCACCACGAUCGAGCAGUGUUGCUGCGUCCACUACGUCGGGACUAGCGUCCGUUUCUGCCACCCCGUCUGUUUCUCGGCCGUCUGUUCACCACACCUAUGAAGGCACGCCGUCUUCAACGGUGACGGAGCUGCAGGCCAAGAAGCAAGAAGUCGACACAGGCACAUACGUUAACAUCCUCAUGAAGCCCCGCUUCACUCGUGCCCCCAUCACGGAGCCGGGCCGUGUCGCCUACCUUGGCGAGUCGUCUAACCUCACCCUCUUGGUCCACGACCAGGCCGGAUCUGCCGAUGUUGUCCACUACCCUCUUCCCGAGAAUGUGCGUGGAUCGCGGGCCCGUCUCACUGAGCUCGAUAAUGUCGAGAUUGAGAUCCUCCAGCAGCGUGGAGCUUUUCUAUUGCCACCACGAGAACUCUGCGAUGAGCUGAUCGAGGCUUAUUUUGUUUGGAUUCACCCGAUCAUGCCUGUCAUCAACCGUAAUCGAUUUAUGCGCCAAUACCGCGAUCCCAACAACCCGCCUUCGCUGUUGCUUCUUCAGGCUAUCCUUCUGGCCGGCUCGCGCGUUUGCAAUAACCCAAAGCUUAUGGAUGCGAAUGGCUCCACAACACCCGCUGCCCUGACGUUUUACAAGCGUGCCAAAGCCUUAUAUGACGCCAAUUACGAAGAUGACCGGGUUACGAUUGUGCAGUCGCUGCUGCUCAUGGGAUGGUACUGGGAGGGCCCGGAAGACGUCACCAAGAAUGUCUUUUACUGGAGCCGUGUCGCCACCAUAGUUGCACAGGGCUCGGGCAUGCACCGCAGUGUGGAGGGCUCUCAGCUUAGCACGACGGACAAGCGUCUGUGGAAGCGAAUCUGGUGGACGCUGUUCACCCGUGAUCGGUCUGUGGCCGUCGCUCUCGGCCGUCCUAUCCAUAUAAAUCUGGAAGACUCGGAUGUCGAGAUGCUGACAGAAGACGACUUCAACGAAGACGAGCCAGACCUGCCGAGCGAGUAUAAGCCAGAUCCGCUCCAUGUGCAGUUCUUUCUGCAGUAUGUUAAGCUCUGCGAGAUCAUGGGCCUGGUGCUGUCCCAGCAGUAUUCCGUCGCAUCAAAGGGUCGACAGAAGAGCCCCAUCGACCUGACCCACAGCGACAUGGCUCUGGCCGACUGGCUCCAAAACUGUCCGCGGAUCGUCUGUUGGAAUAUCCAGGGCCGCAGCUUCUGGUCUGCGCUGCUCUUCUCCAACUACUACACCACCCUAUGCCUGCUGCACCGCGCAUACAUGCCGCCUGGCUCGGGCUCGCAGCGACUCGCAGAAGACCACACCGCCUACCCGUCAAGAAAUAUUGCCUUUCACGCGGCCGGCGCUAUAACGUCCAUUAUCGAGUAUCUGUCAGCUUCGGACGAACUGCGGUAUUGCCCUGCCUUUAUAGUCUACAGUCUCUUCUCUGCCUUGAUCAUGCACGUUUACCAGAUGCGGUCGCCGGUGCCGUCGAUCCAGCAGGUCACGCAGGAGAAUCUUCGGACCUGUAUGGGUGCGCUCAAGGAUGUCUCCAAGGUCUGGCUUGUGGGCAAGAUGGUCUACGCCCUGUUCGAGUCCAUCUUGGGGAACAAGAAUCUGGAGGAACGGCUGAGAAAGGCCGGUGGCGUGCGUCACCGCAAGACGCAGAGCAAUCAUUCGAAACCAGAGAAUCACGGCAAUGCACAGAGACCACAGAGCCUGUACCACCAGCAACAGCAACAACAACAACAACUCCAGGACAUCUCGAAGCGCAAGUACGACGAGAUGGCUAUUGAUUUCAGCGUCAACACGCCGCAGCCGCAGGAGUCUUACGAACGUUCUCGGCCGCAGACGCCGAACCAUUCGUCAGCGUUGAAGGGGGAGCAGACGAAUACUGCGAUGGGCCCGCCAUCUAUGGCACCAGGAGGAGCAAGGCCCGCGAUGGACACGUUUGCUGGAGGCGCUGGUGGCAUUGGGGGCAACGGCUCGACGUCGCGCCCACAAACACGUCCACACACGCCGUUUCCGUCGUCCUUCUCUCUGCCGACAACACCGCCAGACUUGUAUCUGGUCACUCGCAACUCGCCCAAUCUGUCGCAGGCGAUUUGGGAAAACUUUCAGCCGGACCAGCUCUUUCCGGACAACACUGGCUUCUCUACCAUGUUUCCGCCGACGAUGUCGCCGACGCCAUCGAAUCAAAACAUGGACCCCAAUAUUAUUGCCCCGAUGCAGCAACAACAACAGCAUGCGCAACAUCACCAGCAGCAGCAAGCCCACCAGCAACAACAACCACAACAGAGCCCGUUUACGCAGCACAUUUCACCGCCAGCGUCAACUAAACGGGGGGCCGGCAGUGCUUUGGGCGCAGGAACCAGCCCCCUGUCGCCGCCGGGGAUUGCGGCUCAGGGACUAGGUGGAUUCCAAGCACAGCAAGCGCCGCAUCAACAGCAACAUCAUCACCAGGCAAAUAGCAGCAACACCAUGUGGCAAUCGCCCUUUGAUGGAGCGCUUCCGGAUGGGCAGAGUCCGAGCGACAGCUGGAGCACAGGAUCGGUGCAGGGACAGCCAGUGCCGUCCACGCUGAAUGUGGAAGACUGGUUUCAAUUUUUCGGCAUAAACGGCGGCGAUGCUAACGGGAUCAACCUGGACUUGUCGAUGAACGUUUCUGCCUGGAGGACCAGAGCUUUGGUGCUUGCGGCUUUUGCCAUUCCACUGCACAGCCUUGGGACUAGGAGUAGUGGCUCUGGGCACGGAGAACCCAAGACGAUCUCGGUUGGUCCUGACGGCGUGGCCCCCGACAGCGUGGCAGGCUCGCCGCCUGUCUUUGGCGAGUCUCCUCCCACGACCGGCUUGACCACCGGCGGCCUUCUCGAGGUCAAUCCACAAGACCGCCGUGGCAGCGCCGAAUGGGACGCCUCCAAGGUGCCACCCAGUCGAUUCCAGAAGCGCAAGGGGUCGAUCUACUCGACGCCCAACUCGCGUGAUGGCCAGGUCGACAGCAACUACGCGGCCAAGUUUCAUGCCAAGCACGCAGAAAAGGGCUACAACAAGAAGUGA